AUGAAGGAGGUAGCAGAAGCUCUAAGAAACAUAGAGCAGAAGUACAAACUCUUCCUGCAGCAGCAGUUUACAUUUAUUGGAGCACUGCAACACACCCGAGAGGCUGCACAUGACAUGAUCAGACCUGUGGCAAGCAUCAGCCAGGUACAGAACUACAUGGACCAUCACUGUCACAACUCCACAGACAGACGCAUCCUCACCUUGUUCCUAAGCAUCUGCAGUGAUCUCAGCAACCUCUGCAACAUGCUGGAGAAGAUGUACUCUGAUAACAACACCACCAGGGACAUUCUGGAGAGGUGCAAGCUGCUCCUUAGCCACAGCAACGACCUGAGCAGCAUCCGAGCCAAAUACCCUCACGAUGUUGUGAACCACCUGAGCUGCAAUGAAGCAAAGAAUCACUAUGGAGGUGUGGUGAGCCUCAUCCCCAUCGUUCUAGACUACAUGAAGGAGUGGGUAGCCCACGUUGAGAAGCUGCCACGGGAAAGGCUGCACAAUGUGAGUGGUGGGAGUGCUGCCUCUGAGCCAAGGGCAGCCCAGGAGGCACCAGCUAGGGCAGCCAUUUCCCAAACACCACCUUCUCCACACCUUGAAGCUCAGACCUCAACUAGUAAGAAAGCUAAUGCAGAGGGGCAGGGGAGUAAGCAUGGCCAGAAGAAGCACCUACAUGAGACACAACAUGACAGUGGGAAGCGUAAAGGUCCCUGGAAGCCUCCAGGCAGACAUGCCUUUUAA